AUGUCUUCUUUUGAAAGAUUCCUCGAGAAGGCCAUUGCCGAUCAAGACAUUCACGGGGCUGCGAUGGUGGCCAAGAACAAGUCGGGCACGCUCAAUUACAGCAAGUCCGUCGGCUUACAAUCGCCGCUCACGGAUCCCAGCACGCCCUACAGCCCGUCCACCAUCCAGGAGCUCGCGUCCAUGACCAAGCUGCUCACCACCAUUGCUGCGCUGCAGCUCGUGGAGCGCGGGCUGGUGACGCUCGACGAGGAUGUUGCAGCCAGUCUGCCCUCUUUGGCGUCGCAGCGCAUCCUCAAGGGCUACGAUGAUUAUGAUGAAAGCAACGGCGGGCGGCCUCUACUUGAACCACGCCGCAAUCCCAUCACUCUCCGCCAACUCCUCACCCACAGCGCCGGCGCCGGCUACACGUUUGUUCCCGGUUCGCCGCUGAAACGGUACCAGACCAAAGUCCUAGGUCGACCGUUGGUGCAGGGCGCCACCAUUGACGAGCGCUUUGAUCAGCCGCUCCUGUACGAGCCCGGCGAGGGCUGGGCGUACAGCUCAUCCAUUGACCGCGCAGGCCAGCUCGUCGAAAAGAUAUCGGGCACGACGCUAGAGGCAUACUUUCAGACGCACAUUUUCGCGCCCCUGGGGAUCCGCACCGGAACAUUCUGGCCCGACCCCAGCCUCGACGACCGACGAUCCGCCGUGUCAUUUCGGGACGCGGAGACGGGCCGCGCGGUGCAGAGGCCCGGCGCCACGACGCUGGUCAGCGGGACCGUCGAGUGCUUUGGCGGCCAGGGUGUGCACAUGUCGACCGAGGACUAUAUGCGGGUGCUCGCGUCGCUGCUGCACGACGACGGCGCGCUGCUGCGGCCGGACACGGCGGCGCUCAUGUUUACGCCGCAGCUCAGUCGGCCGUCCAAACGGGCUCUGCUCGAGGCCAUGGAGGACCCGAGCUGGGCGGUUGGGCAUUUUCCUCUCACUGGCGAGUAUGAUUGGGGCCUUGGCGGGAUUCUGGUCGACGGGCACAGUCACGAGUUUAGGAAAAAGGGGGCGUUGAUGUGGGGAGGUGCUGCCAACUUGACUUGGUUCAUCGACAGAGAAGCGGGUGUAUGCGGUGUCUUUGGCACUCAGCUUUACCCUCCCGGAGAUUCCAAGGUCAAUAAACUCCACGAGGCUUUUGAGAAGGAGGUGUACGAGCUUGGGGCGACACGAUAA